AUGAUUUUUCCGGGUAAAAUAAAAUUUAACCACUUGUUUGUUUUAAGAAGAAAUUUCAGCAAAGUUUUGGAAGAAAAUUUAAAAAUUAAAUAUUUGGACAAAGAGCAUAAGGGUAUUGUAGAAUUGGGUCUUAAUCGUCAUUCCGGAAAAAACUCAUUUAAUAGGAGUUUAGUUAAUUCACUAAGUCAAGCUAUUAAAAAUAUAAAGUAUGAUAAAGAUGUUAGAGUUGUUAUUUUUAGAAGUUUGGUACCCAAAGUAUUUUGUGCUGGUGCUGAUUUAAAAGAAAGAGCAGAACUUAGUCCCAUAGAAGUUAGACAUUUUGUUUCUGAUCUAAGAGCAAUGUUGACAGACAUUGAGAAUUUAGAAGUGCCUGUCAUAGCAGCUUUAGAUGGUGUAGCUUUAGGAGGAGGUUUGGAAUUAGCUUUAGCUUGUGACAUUCGAACUGCUUCAGAAAAUGCAAAAAUGGGUUUGGUAGAAACAAAAUUAGCCAUCAUUCCAGGAGCCGGAGGAACUCAAAGGCUCCCAAGAUUAAUUGGACCAUCUAAAGCUAAAGAAUUAAUUUUCACUGCCAAAAUACUAGAUGGACAAGAAGCAUUUUCAUUAAAUAUUGUAAAUCAUGUAGUAAAACAAAAUGAAGAAGGAACUGCUGCUUAUGAAAAAGCAUUAGAAAUAGCUGAAGAAAUCAUUCCGAAUGGACCAAUAGGUGUAAAAAUGUCUAAAGUUGCCAUUAAUGAGGCUUGCUAUGCACAAAUAAUUCCAACUAAGGAUAGAAUAGAAGGAUUAAAAGCAUUUGCAGAAAAAAGAACUCCUGUUUAUAUCGGUGAAUAA